UUGUGUGAUCUUAUUGGACUUGCUAAUCGUUUUCUCAAGUAAAUAAAGAAAAAAACAACACGGAAUACAUACAAUUCUGAGCGUAAUCAUAGUAAAAAUAUCUCUAACCUUAAGUUAAUUAUGUGAACCUUCAUUCUGUCCUUUAACACGGUCUAAAUGGGUGCACAUUACUGUGCCAUAUGUAGGCAAACAACGUUCAACGGUAAGGGACACAUCUUUGGGAAAAACCACCAAAGCAGACUCAGAGUGGUUCUCCUGAAAUUCCUAGAAAAGGUGAAGGAGGCUCGCAGGACACUCAGGAAACCCCAAGUAGAGAAGUUUGACUGCACUCAACAUAAGCAGACGUUCUGGUGCUACUGCUGUGAGCUUGAAGUUGAAAGAAAUGUGACAGAUGGCAACAUGACUGUGCUGUACGGGGGCUUGUUAGAACACAUGGCCACGCCAGAACACAAGAAAAACAUUCACAAGUUCUGGUGGGAAAAUAAAGCUGAUCCCAAAUUUAGGGACAAGUUUAUCAUCACAGAGGAGGAAACUGAAAGGUUUAAAACUGAGGUUGCUAAUGCAUUGGAAUCAUUUGUGGAAAACGAGGAUGAAUUCAUAAAACAGCAAGCUGAUCACAUACGGGCUCAGGAGAAGCAUCGUCAAGAGGUCCUUCAGUCUCUUUUAGAGCAUGAUGCAGAUCCAGAGAUCAAAGGAUCCAACGGUGCGGGCAUAUCUACAGAGAAUGCUGUCAGCUCUCAUGUCGAAUAUCAAGGGUACGCCCAGCAGGUGGGGAGCAGCUCCAUUGAGUCAAUGGUUGAAGUACCAAGGGCUGCAGCAGGACAAGGCCUGACUUUCAUUGGUUAUCAGGAUUCCACAAACAGUGGAAAUGUUCACACAGGUGCAGUCCCUCCUUGGCUACAGGAUGAUCCCCUGGAGGGAACCUCGGGAGGUGCAGCACAUUCAGAGAUUGGCCCUUCACUCCAAGAGUUCCUCAAACAGAAGGAACAAGAAAAACUGAAAAAACUUCCUCCAAAUAGAGUGGGAGCAAACUUUGAUCACAGCUCACAAACAGAUGCCAAUUGGCUGCCCUCCUUUGGUAGAGUGUGGAACAGCGGGAGACGCUGGCAGUCCAGGCACCAAUUUAGACAAGAAGAGGGGCAGAAGAAGAGACAGAAGAGGAAGAGGGAGCAUAGCACAGAGGCGUCAAUAAAAGCUAAAUCUACAGAACAGCUGGCAAAUUUUGACGCUUAAAACUGAGGGUGAUGUGCAAGAAUUCAUGAGUGUGUGAGUGUAUAUAUUUGUUCACAGGUAAUUAAGUUUCAUUUAAAGCUUCCUGAAAGUGGUCAUUGGUUAAUAUGUUCAGACCAACUCAAGCCCCCUGUUAGUAAAUGCUUUUUUAUUAAAGUGGGAAGCAUUAUAAGACUUUUUUUUUUUUUACUAAUUGACAAAGCUUGCAUAAAAGAUAUUUAUGAAGCAUGUGAUAUAUUGUUUAGACGCUGUUGAUAAACGACCAAACUCAAAGGUAUUCUUUCAACAUAAUGGGUCCAUUUUAAAAAGGAACACUCACUCAAUACUGCCCGCUACACACUGAAAUUUUUUUCAUACUAGAGCACACUUUAUUUAUUGCAACCUGAAAAUCAAUCUAAAGCUCAGCAAAAGGACAUAACCUGCCCUUAUUUCUUCACAAGGUUCUGGUUUUAGUGGUUUCUCUAGAACUCUGGUGAUCUGUUGUUAACGGGACUGUUCUGAAAGUAAACAGUAGGGGGAGCAGGCACCCCAGCGUACAAAGGGAAUAGAUGACAUAAAGGCCAUCUGUUGAUGCUAACACAAGAUGCGGAAAAAAAAUACAGGAAUCAGUGUUUGAGGACGUAUGAUCCAAAGAUGUAGUGAUUACAUGAGUUCCCAGUGUUAAAAAACAUCACUUCUCUUGCAGUGAAACCACACUUAAAAUGAUCUUUCAUUUCCCUACUCAGAAAUGGCUGAGAAUGUGUCGCUUUGGGGCUAAAUGUGAUUAAAUAUGCAAUAAAAACAU